GGGGGCAUCUGCCCGCAACGCGAGUCACGCGUCGCGUCGCGUUUUCUCUGAGCCCUGUCUGGCUGGCUGGCUUGGUUUUCCAUCUAACUAUUCCCUAGUCUGCCCAAGCGCUGCCCGCACCUUCAACACCGUCAAGUCAACACCGACUGCCAUCCCACCUCGUCCACCUGUCUGCCUGUCUGCCACCCUCAAUCUGUGCAGUCGUCUGUGAAUGGUAGCAGCACAAUGGAUGUUUCUCUGAUCCGCGAUGAGGCCACCAAAAACCGGGUGCGCCAGGCCGAAGAGUUUCUCGAUCCUCGUACGACCCCCUCCCCUCCUUUCUAUCUUGUCUUGAGCGGGGUGGCAGCGCAAACACCUGUCCCAACGCAAUGCUGAUGCUGACUUGACCUUUUUGCCUGCAGACGACCAACAUGUCCGUAGCUACCGCCCCGACAUCAUCUUGAUGCUACAGAAGAACCAGCGCAGACUCGUUGUCAACAUCGACCAUGUCCGCGACCACAACCCCGAGAUCGCCGAGGGCCUGCUCACCGAUCCCUUCGACUACACCCUCGCCUUCAACCAUGCCCUCAAGGAGAUCGUCAAGACCAUUCCCCAGGCUCGCCCCGACCAGACAGACCCCGAUGUCCUCUACUACUGCGCCUGGGCUGGCAGCUUCGGCCUGCAUGCCUGCAAUCCCAGGACCCUGUCGUCUCACCACCUCAACAACAUGGUCUCCAUCGAGGGCAUCGUCACGCGUUGCUCUCUGAUCCGCCCCAAGAUUGUCAAGAGCGUACACUGGAACGAGACCAAGAACAUUUUCCAGUUCAGAGAGUACCGCGACCAGACCAUGACCAACGGCGUCACCACCUCCAGCGUCUACCCCCAGGAAGACGACGAGGGCAACCCCCUACUGACCGAAUAUGGUUUCUCUACCUUCCGCGACCACCAGACCAUCUCCAUCCAGGAGAUGCCCGAGAGGGCCCCUGCUGGUCAGCUGCCCAGAGGCGUCGAUGUCCUCCUCGACGACGACCUAGUCGACAAGGUCAAGCCCGGCGACCGCGUCCAGCUCGUUGGCAUCUACCGCACCCUCGGUAACAGGAACACGAACCACAACACAGCCCUCUUCAAGACCGUGCUCCUAGCCAACAACAUCGUACUCCUCCACUCAAAAUCCGGCGGUGGCUUGGUUACCGCCACAAUUACCGACACCGACAUCCGCAACAUCAAUAAGAUCUCCAAGAAGCCCAAGCUGUUUGAGCUGCUCUCCCAGUCCCUUGCGCCCAGCAUCUUUGGUCACGACCACAUCAAGAAGGCUAUUCUUUUGAUGCUUCUCGGAGGAAUGGAAAAGAACCUGGAGAACGGCACCCAUCUGAGAGGUGACAUAAAUAUCCUGAUGGUCGGAGACCCGUCCACCGCCAAAUCGCAGUUGCUCCGCUUCGUGCUAAACACUGCCCCUCUGGCAAUUGCCACCACCGGUCGCGGUUCAUCCGGUGUUGGUUUGACGGCUGCUGUCACAUCAGACAAGGAGACAGGCGAGCGCCGUCUGGAAGCCGGUGCUAUGGUCAUGGCUGAUCGCGGCGUCGUCUGUAUCGACGAGUUUGACAAGAUGUCGGAUAUCGAUCGAGUCGCAAUCCACGAAGUCAUGGAGCAGCAGACCGUCACCAUUGCUAAGGCAGGCAUACACACGUCGCUCAACGCCCGCUGCAGCGUCAUCGCUGCAGCGAAUCCAAUCUUCGGCCAGUACGACACCCACAAGGACCCGCACAAGAACAUUGCGCUUCCCGACUCUCUAUUGUCGCGUUUCGAUCUUCUGUUUAUCGUCACAGACGACAUCGAAGACGCGAGAGACAGGCAAGUCUCGGAACACGUGCUCCGCAUGCAUCGCUACCGCCAAGCAGGCACCGAGGAAGGUGCCCCCGUCCGUGAAAACGUGCAGCAGUCUCUCAACGUGGCGCUCAACAACCAGGAUGCCUCGCAGCGCCCGACCGACGUGUACGAAAAAUACGACGCAAUGCUGCACGCCGGUGUCCGGGGCACGGGCCGAGGCGCCAACAAGAAGCCCGAGGUGUUGAGCAUCCCGUUCAUGAAGAAGUACAUCCAGUACGCCAAGACGAGGAUAAAGCCGGUGCUGACCCAGGAGGCGUCGGACCGCAUCGCCGACAUCUACGUCGGGCUCCGCAACGACGACAUGGAGAGUAACCAGCGCAAGACGAGCCCCAUGACGGUGCGUACGCUCGAGACGCUGAUCCGUCUCGCCACGGCCCACGCCAAGGCCCGUCUCUCCAACCGCGUCGAGGAGCGCGACGCCGCCGCCGCCGAGUCCAUCCUGCGCUUCGCCCUGUUCAAGGAAGUGCUCGAGGACGAGUCCCGCAAGAAGCGCCGCAAGACCCGGCCGGCCGAGACCGAGAACGGCGCCGGCAGCGGCAGCGAGGACGACGACGAUGACGACGACGACGAUGCCUACCGCGGAACCACAUCCCGCACCAGUGCAGCCGCCCGCACCAGCCGCUCCACGCAGGGCCAACCCACCGGGAGCCGCCGCAUCGGAACCGGCAACGGCACCGGGCCCCGCGGCGCGCCCGGCGUGGCGAACAGCUCACGGACCUCUCCCGAGGCCACAGCCGAGGAAGACAUCUACAACGCGACGCCACGGAGGUCGGCGCGGUCCGGCGCCGGCGCUGGCGCCGGCUCGUCGUCGCAGAUGUCGUUUGCCUCGUCCGUGCCCGCCUCGCAGCUACAAACGGAGACGCAGCAGUCUAGGUCUAGCCGCCAGCAGAGCAGCGCUAACCGGCGGGCCGGCGACGACGAGAACGAAGAGGACCCAGAUGCCGAGGAGGCUGAGGAUGAGGCGCUCGCUAACGGCGCCGCGGCUCUGACAGUAGGCGACAACGAGGACGAGGACGAAGAAGAGGAGGAGGAGGAUGAAGACGACGAUGGGUCCGCCAUUACCGGCCAGCGCUACGGCGUCUUCCGCAGGGCGCUCGGCCAGCUCCUCCAGACGCCCCUCUUCGAGGACGACGCGGCCGACAUCGACGAGCUCAUCGCCGCCGUCAACCGCAAGGUCGGCUCUGCUCCCUUUGCCCGCGACGAGGCCGUCAAGGCGCUCAAGAAGAUGGACAUCGCCAACGAACUCAUGUAUUCUGAUGGAGAGCUUGUCUACAGGGUCUGAGUGUGAUAAAUGGAGAUAGAGUCGUAUGUUUGUGUGCGUGUAGGCUGUAAUGAUCAUGGCGGCGGAUAGAUGCAUGGCGGGGAUUGGGUUUUGCGUCGUUGUUCUUAUGCCAAGCCAAGUGAGAGACGGGUGGGUGAAAGGCACGCUGUGAAUGUUUCUCUUUUGUUAGUAAAAUGUGAUGGCGUUUAUUUCGCUUAUGGAAUUCAUUUUCUGAUCAUUGUAACUCAUCUUGAUAUUAUAUUCCAUUUAAGACAUGGUUAUUAUCGGAGAUGAUGCUGCCGAAACUGAUAACUAAGACUGUAAAGACUGGCUGUGAGUUCA